CCUUCAACGCUUUCCUAUUCCUUUCAGCCUCGUCGUUCACCAACCACAAACUUUUCCACACCACGACAUUACUUAGUACUACCUCGAUAAUGGCAGCAGAACAGAGGAAGCUGCUUGAGCAGCUAAUGGGUGGUCCGCAGACCUCCCGCGCAGCCCAGGUCUCCCUGACCGACCCCAAGGUGUGCCGCUCCUACAUCGUCGGCACGUGCCCCCACGACCUCUUCACCAACACCAAGCAAGACCUCGGCCCGUGCCCCAAGAUCCACGCCGAGUCCCUGAAGAACGAGUACGAAGCUUUGCCCGAGGCCGCGCGGCAAAAAUACGGCUUCGAGAUCGACUACGCGCGGGACCUACAAAAAUACAUCGAGGAAUGCAACCGGCGGAUCGACGCCGCGCAGCGACGGCUCGAGAAAACCCCCGACGAGAUCCGCCAGACGAACGUGCUGCUCAAGACGAUCUCGGACCUGAGCGCGACGAUCAACUGCGGGCUGCACGAGGUGCAGAUCCUGGGGGACCUGGGGGAGGUGAGCCGCGCGUACGAGGAGUUCUUCCGCGUGCGGCAGGCGGCGCAGACCAAGCUCGAGCGCGAGCGCGAGCUCAAGACCCUCGCCGACACCAGUGGACCCUCGGGCCACCAGAAGCUGCAGGUCUGCGACGUCUGCGGCGCGUAUUUGUCUAGGCUCGACAACGACCGCCGCCUCGCCGACCACUUCUACGGAAAAAUGCACCUCGGCUACGCGCAGAUGCGCAAGACGUACGAAGCCCUGCCUAAGGAUAUACGGGGCCGGCCGCGUCCGUCGAUGCAGGAUGAUGGACCCAUGCGCGAUGAUGGUGGUUACGGGGACGGGGGAUGGAAGGGAGGGCCUAGAGGGCCGAGACGUGGCGGCUACGGAGGGAGAAGUGGACGAGGCUUCCGUAGUGGUGGUGGGUGGUAAUGGUAAUGGUAAUGGCACGAUGGGUCUGAUCAUACAAUGCAUGUGGCGGAGUUAUCGGUGUUCUGGGUCUUUGCUAUCACGGUCAAAAGUUGACAUGACUUUACUGAUUACUAUAGGCAUACUACUACUUACAUUCACACACAUCAGCAUACUUCUCAAUAAUUCUGUCCU